GCUACGUGGACGCGGUGCCGGGCCCGGAAUGGCUGGCAGCUGAGGUGAAGCGUGUCCCGAGAGCGGGCCGGCGGACUGGUCCCUGGGGUGAGAGACUGCACCAGAGAUCUUCAGAUCAUUAUGAUCUAAAGCCAAAAACAAAACAAUCAAACACAUGCUUGGAGUGAUUGAAUACAGCUAUUAAAAGCAAAUAUGGAAAAUGAGCCAGACCAUGACAAUGUGGAACAAGAUCUCUCUGUCAAGACUACUACUGAAGAAGAACUGAAUAAGUCUUUCAAUCUAGAAGCUUCACUUUCAAAAUUCUCUUACAUAGAUCUGGACAAAGAACUGGAACUGAGAAAUGAUUUGAUUGAUGACAAGGAGUUUGAUAUCCCUCAAGUUGAUACUCCUCCAACACUGGAAAGCAUAUUAAAUGAAACUGAUGAUGAAGAUGAGUCUUUUGUUCUCGAGGAUCCCACAUUGUUAAACAUUGAUACCAUUGACUCACACUCCUAUGAUACUUCAUCUGUGGCAAGCUCAGAUAGCGGUGACAGGACCAACCUAAAAAGGACAACUGAGGACAAAGUAGAUGCUGGCUUGCCUACAGCAAUUGCAGUCUCCAGUCUGAUAGCAGUGGGUACAUCUCAUGGAUUGGCUUUAAUAUUUGGAAAAGAUCAGAAUCAAGCGUUGAGACUCUGCCUUGGGAGCACGAGUGUUGGGGGUCAGUAUGGAGCCGUCUCUGCCCUCAGUAUCAACAGUGACUGCUCAAGACUGCUUUGUGGCUUUGCUAAAGGGCAGAUCACCAUGUGGGAUUUGGCCAGUGGAAAACUUCUCCGAUCAAUAACAGAUGCUCAUCCUCCAGGAACAGCAAUAUUGCAUAUCAAGUUUACAGAUGAUCCAACUCUUGCAAUUUGCAACGACAGCGGAGGCUCUGUUUUUGAAUUGACAUUUAAGAGAGUGAUGGGAGUGAGAACUUGUGAAUCUAGGUGUCUGUUUAGUGGUUCUAAGGGAGAAGUUUGCUGUAUUGAGCCUCUACACUCUAAGCCUGAGUUGAAAGAACAUCCCAUCACACAGUUCUCAUUAUUGGCCAUGGCGUCCUUAACAAAGAUACUGGUCAUUGGAUUGAAACCAUCCUUGAAAGUGUGGAUGACUUUUCCCUAUGGACGUAUGGAUCCUUCCAGUGUUCCAUUGCUAGCCUGGCACUUUGUGGCAGUACAUAACUGUGUGAACCCUAUGCUUGCUUUCUGUAGAGGAGAUAUUGUUCAUUUUCUACUGGUUAAGAGAGAUGAAUCUGGAGCAAUACAUGUUACAAAGCAAAAGUAUCUUCACCUGUACUAUGAUCUCAUCAACUUUACAUGGAUAAACUCACGCACAGUUGUGCUCUUGGAUAGCGUGGAGAAGUUGCAUGUGAUUGACCGGCAGACGCAAGAGGAAUUGGAAACAGUAGAGAUCUCAGAAGUUCAGUUGGUUUAUAAUAGUAGCCAUUUCAAGUCACUUGCCACUGGAGGAAACGUUAGCCAAGCACUGGCUUUGGUUGGAGAGAAGGCUUGUUACCAAUCCAUCAGUAGCUGUGGUGGUCAGAUCUUUUAUCUGGGGACAAAAUCUGUUUAUGUAAUGAUGCUGAGAAGCUGGAGAGAGAGAGUGGAUCAUCUCUUGAAGCAAGAUUGUCUCACAGAAGCCUUGGCGCUUGCAUGGUCUUUCCAUGAAGGAAAAGCAAAGGCAGUCGUGGGCUUAUCAGGGGAUGUCAGUAAGCGAAAGGCUGUUGUUGCAGAUAGGAUGGUAGAAAUUCUGUUCCAUUAUGCAGAUCGUGCUCUGAAAAAGUGCCCAGAGCAGGGAAAAAUCCAAGUGAUGGAGCAGCAUUUUCAGGAUACAGUGCCUGUCAUAGUUGAUUACUGCCUUCUACUGCAAAGAAAGGAUCUUUUAUUUAGCCAAAUGUAUGAUAGAUUAAGUGAGAAUUCAGUGGCCAAAGGAGUGUUUUUGGAGUGCCUUGAACCAUAUAUUUUAAGUGAUAAAUUGGUGGGUAUCACACCCCAAGUGAUGAAAGACUUGAUUGUUCAUUUCCAAGAUAAGAAGUUGAUGGAAAAUGUGGAAGCCCUCAUUGUCCACAUGGAUAUCACCAGCCUAGAUAUUCAGCAGAUAGUCCUCAUGUGUUGGGAAAAUCGACUAUAUGAUGCUAUGAUUUAUGUCUACAACAGAGGCAUGAAUGAAUUCAUUAGUCCAAUGGAGAAACUUUUCAAAGUCAUUUCUCCUCCUCUGAAUGCAGGAAAAACACUAACAGAUGAGCAAGUUGUUAUGGGCAACAAGCUUCUUGUAUAUAUUAGCUGUUGUCUGGCAGGCCGUGCCUAUCCUCUUGGUGACAUCCCUGAAGAUCUUGUUCCCUUGGUUAAAAACCAGGUUUUUGAAUUUCUGAUUCGCCUGCAUUCAGCAGAAGCAUCCCCGGAGGAAGAAAUCUAUCCUUAUGUUCGGACUCUGUUACAUUUUGAUACAAGAGAAUUUCUAAAUGUGUUGGCCUUGACCUUUGAAGAUUUUAAAAAUGAUAAACAAGCUGUGGAAUAUCAACAGCGUAUUGUGGAUAUUUUGUUGAAAGUUAUGGUGGAGAAUUCAGAUUUUACUCCCUCACAAGUAGGGUGUCUCUUUACUUUCCUUGCUCGGCAGCUCGCAAAGCCUGACAAUACGUUGUUUGUGAACAGAACACUCUUUGAUCAGGUGCUUGAAUUCCUGUGUAGCCCUGAUGAUGACUCCCGACACUCAGAAAGACAGCAGGUCCUUUUAGAAUUGCUGCAUGCUGGGGGCAUAGUUCAAUUUGAAGAAAGCCGGCUCAUUCGUAUGGCAGAAAAAGCUGAGUUCUACCAAAUUUGUGAAUUUAUGUAUGAACGAGAACACCAAUAUGACAAAAUUAUUGAUUGUUAUUUGCGUGACCCACUAAGAGAGGAAGAAGUCUUUAAUUACAUUCACAAUAUCUUAUCCAUUCCUGGCCACAGUGCCGAGGAGAAGCAGUCUGUGUGGCACAAAGCGAUGGAUCAUAUUGAGGAACUUGUAUCCCUGAAGCCCUGUAAAGCUGCAGAGCUAGUUGCUACACACUUUUCUGAACAGAUUGAAACAGUCAUCAAAAAACUUAAGAACCAGCUGUUACUUUUCAAAUUUUUGAGGAGUCUUCUUGAUCCAAGGGAAGGUAUUCAUAUAAAUCAAGAAUCACUGCAAAUAUCUCCCAAUGUUACAGAACAGUUCAUUGAGCUAUUAUGUCAGUUCAGUCCAACCCAAGUUAUAGAGACGCUGCAAGUUCUUGAGUGCUACCGCUUAGAAGAAACUAUUCAGAUUACUCAAAAGUAUCAGCUCCAUGAAGUCACUGCCUAUCUCUUGGAAAAGAAAGGAGAUAUUCCUGGUGCCUUCCUAAUAAUGCUGGAGAGACUGCAAAGCAAACUUCAAGAGAUAACACGUCAAGGUGAGAAUACCAAAGAGGUCCCCUCACUGAAGGAUGUUGAAGAUACCAUGGUUGAGACAAUUGCUCUUUGUCAGAGAAAUUCUCAUAAUUUGAACCAGCAGCAACGAGAGGCUCUCUGGUUUCCACUAUUGGAGGCCAUGAUGGCCCCUCAGAAGCUGUCUGGGGCAACUGUACCUCAUCUGCACGCUGAAGCUCUGAAAUCUUUGACCAUGCAAGUUCUGAACAGCAUGGCAGCCUUUAUUGCCCUUCCUUCGAUCUUGCAAAGAAUCUUGCAGGAUCCAGUUUAUGGAAAAGGAAAACUUGGAGAAAUUCAAGGCCUUAUUCUGGGAAUGUUAGAUACCUUUAACUAUUCAUAGACCCUGUUGGAAACAACAACCAGCCUUCUAAACCAAGAUCUCCAUUGGUCAUUAUGUAACCUAAGAGCUUCUGUCACUAGAGGACUGAAUCCCAAACAGGAUUAUUGCUCCAUAUGUUUGCAACAGUACAAGAGACACCAAGAAAUGGCUGAUGAAAUUAUUGUUUUUAGCUGUGGCCAUUUGUAUCAUUCAUUCUGUCUACAAAGCAAAGAAUGCACUGUAGAAAUUGAGGGCCAGACGAGAUGGACAUGCUACAAAUGCAGCUCCAGUAACAAAGUGGGAAAACUAAGUGAAAAUUCAUCAGAAAUUAAAAGAGGAAGGAUAAUUCCAUCACAGAUAAAAAUGUCUCCAUCAUACCAUCAGUCCAAAGGAGAUCUUACUGCUAAGAAGGCAACCUCAGAACCUGGUCUGGAUCCACAGCAAAUCCAAGCAUUUGAUCAGCUUUGCCGACUAUACCGAGGAAGUUCCAGGCUGGCACUCCUCACAGAACUCUCCCAGAACCGCAGCAGCGACAGCUACCGGCCAUUCAGCAGCUCCCAGAGUAGCCCUGCUUUCACCAGCGUCUUCCAGAAUGAGAACUUCCAGCUGCAGCUUACCCCCCCUCCCGUGACAGAGGACUGAGGAGGCCUCCCCUGCCCUGAGCAGGUGUCCCAUGUCCCAUGCCCCUCCUCCGUGGCGACCCCCUGGGCAGUCUCCUGCCUCUUCCUGAGUGUCUUCGGCCCAUGGGACAGGCUGGGUUUUCUCCUUGGAACCACAUGCCUCCAGCUCUUUAGGAAGGACAUUGCCCUGGGGACUCUUUCUGUUCCCAGGGAAGCCUAGCAGGUGGCCAGGGCUCCCUCCAUAUGUUCUGGGUGGGUACCUGAGGGACACCACUGGGGGGGCAGCGUGGGCCGGGCCUCAGUGUCAUUGUCAGUGUCCGUGUCACAGGGUCAGCCCGAUGCUGUGUGUAUGGUCACACAGGGGAGAGCCUUGUCCUUCCUGACAAUAAACAGCUGUGUCUGA